AUGGAGCGAUGUCCUGACUGCCCAUGCAGCGCGCCACUAAUGUUGUUCACUUCGAAGGAGGUCAAGAAUGGCAACUAUGGGCACGAGUUCGUGAAAUGCGAGAGCAAGCCAGAGGGGCAGAUCAUGAAGAAAUGCACACAUUUUGAAUGGCUGGAUGACUACGUUAAGCGGAUUCAAUUCAAUGGGGCCCCAACCCGUGAGCUCAAUCUGCCGUCAGCAACAAUGAAUUUGGUCUCUAAAAGUGUUGCUCUAAAGGGGGAAAUAAAGAAGAUGAACAAGAACUUUAAGCAGAUUAUUCAAUUGAACAAGCAGGCGAAUCUGAUAGCUUUAGGAUUUUAUCCCUUUUAUUUUUGUGUAGUUGCUGUAGGAUUUGCUUAA